GUAAUGAAAAAAGACGACGAAACCACUAAUAGUUGCAGUGAUGAAGUAACAGACGACUCCAGCGAUACAAAAGCGCAAGGGGAGCCCAGCAAAGCACAACCAAACGUGGUAAUAUGUGAGAUAUGUGGUAAAACAAUGCUACCCACCUACUACCAGGGCCAUCUGAACGAACACAAUGGGCUUAAACCUUUCGCCUGUGUCGCGCCUGGCUGUAGCAAAACGUUUUCCUGUCGACAUGGACUACGCCGCCAUAGCUACUAUCGGCACAGUGGGCAAAUGUUCCUCUGUCAGGAGUGUGGUAAAGCAUACAAAUCAAAGCUGGAACUAAGCACACACCGGCUGCAUGUGCACACGCGCGGCAAAGCGUUCGGUUGUGAGGAAUGUGGAAAAUCGUUCGUAACCAGAUCAUAUUUAACAACUCAUCGGAAAGCACACACGGGCGGACCACAGAUACAGUGUUCGUACUGUCCAAAGAUGCUGUACAGUAAAAAGGGAUUAAAACAUCACGAGCUGCUGCAUACGAAUGAGCAGCUAUUUGCAUGUGCGAAAUGUUCUAGUAAGUUUAGCACCAAACGGCAAUUGGAUGGUCACGUACAGCGAGGGUGCGCAAACAGGGGGAGUGGGCAUUCAGCAAACAGUUAUCAGGAGCGAUAGUAUGGAUAAAGCACGCGAAACACCUUCCAACAUGCCGGCCGAUCCAUCGGCGAACAAGGCGGCCGAAGCGUCGGCUUCCUCGGGCAUUGCGAAGCUGACGAAGCGUGCCGCCAUUACGCAGAUUAUAGCCGCGGUCGUCGCUAACAUUACGAUCAUAUCGUCCGGCAUGGGCAUCGGUUUUCCGUCGAUCGCCAUGAUGGAGCUGACCAACUCCACCACGUCCGUGGUGCUGACCGAGUCGGAAGCGAGCUGGUUUGCAUCCAUCACCUCGAUCAUGUGCCCGUUCGGUGGGCUACUGUCCGGCUAUCUGCUGGAUAAGGUCGGCCGCAAGCGCACGCUCUACUGCAUCAACAUCAUCUCGGUCAUCUCGUGGGCCAUCAUGUCGUUCGCCAGCCGUACGGACGCAUCCGUACUGUUUGUGGAGCUGAUCGUUGCACGUGUCAUCAUCGGUAUUGCUAUCGGGCUUUCCAGCACGCCGGCCUCGGUGUAUGCCGCCGAAGUUGCACACCCACGGCUGCGAGGCCGUCUGACGCUGCUCACGGCCGGCUGUACCGGCAUUGGAAUGCUGCUGGUGUACUCUUUAGGCUACAUGUUCAAGGAGGACUGGCGCUACGUCUGUACGAUCUGCGGCGUGUUUACUGGCGUGUCGCUGAUCACCGUUAUUCCCCUGCCAGAGUCACCGAGCUGGCUGGUGGGCAAGCGGCGACCCCAGGACGCAGAACGCUACCUGAAGGUGAUACGCGCCAUCAAGGAGGACAAUCAUCCGGAGAUCAAGGCCGAGAUCAAGUCGCUCGAAGAGAAUGUGGCCCGGUUCCGGUCGUCCGAGACGAAAAAGUCCUCCAAGCUGGUGCAGCUGAAGAAGCCGGAAGUGUACAAACCGCUCUCGAUCAUGUGCAUCUUCUUCCUGUUUCAACAAUUCUCCGGCAUCUUUGUCAUUAUCGUGUACGCGGCCAGCUUCUCCGUGGAGGCAGGCGUUGCGAUCGAUCCGUUCCUGAGCGCGGUGCUGGUAGGGCUGACGCGUGUCGUCACCACCAUCCUGAUGUCGUUCAUUUCGGACAAGUUCGGUCGCCGACCGCCGGCCCUGUUCUCCGGGUUCGGUAUGGCGUGCUGUAUGUUUGGGCUGGCGGCGUGUGCCGUGUUCCCGGUGGCCGACACGCAGUACAACUGGAUCCCGACCGCACUGCUGGUGGCGUUUAUCUUUACCGCUACGCUUGGCUUCCUCACGCUGCCCUUCUCGAUGAACGCUGAAGUUUAUCCGACCAAGAUCCGUGGCUUCGCGUCCGGGCUGACGAUCUUCUUCGGCUACACCAUGUCGUUCAUCAUACUGAAGAGCUACCCGACGAUGGUCAAUGCGAUCGGUAAUGAGAAUGUGUUCCUGUUCUUCGGACUGGUCGCCCUGCUGGGCAUCGUGUUCGUGUACUUCUUCCUGCCCGAAACGAAGGGCCGAACGCUGCAGGACAUUGAGGAUUACUUCCGUGGCGGCAAGGAGGCAAAUGCGUCCGAAGUAGACAAGCAGGCCUCGAAGGCGUAACGGUCCCGACAGCGGGGGGCACCUGGGAAACACCGAGGGAGUUUUAGAUAAGCGAAACCACUAGUCUGUGAUAGGAGGAGUGCGGUUCUUUUCGGAGCGGGUGCGGCUUAAUUCGGAGACAAAAAAAAAUACUGUUGACAUUUUAGAUCGAUAAGCAUUUUACAAUCUCACCAACGCCACUGUAUUUAAGGGAGAAAUGAAAAUAAAGUGUUGUAGACGUGUUGAAGGCGCGUUUAGUAAAAGGAA